UUUGUUUGCAAACAGCUGAUGAGCUGUCAAAGUGGUCAAAGUUUUUCAGCUGCCUUUCCCGAAACCGUAUUUUGUGUGAUUCUCUCGCUGUUACUGAUUCUUGUAAAGGUGCAUACAGGGCGUGAAAAAUACUCUUACUACUUUUGUAACAACUAAAAUCAUACAACUUUCCGCACGAUGGCGAAAAACACAUCCAGCUCAGCAUUUCGAAAAAUUGAUGUCGAUCAAUACAAUGAGGACAACUUCCGGGAGGAUGAAGCGGACCAGGCUUCCAGUGGGAUGAUUGUCCCGGACGAGAAUGAAAUCACCACCCUGCUCAAUCAAGGCCGGAAUAUUGAUGCUUUGAAGGUAGUUUUACAGAAUGCUCCCCUUCUAUGUAAAAAUCAGCAAGUGAAGGACAACGCUCUAAAUUUAACGCUCAAAGUAUUACUGUCGAUCAAAUCGUCGCAAAUUGAUGCCGCCAUCGAGUCGCUGGACGAUCCGGAACUGUGCGACGUUCUGAUGAAGUACAUCUACCGUGGCUUCGAAAUUCCAUCCGAAGGCUCGAGCGGUCAUUUGUUGACCUGGCAUGAGAAAGUGUUCGCCAAGGGAGGGGUUGGAAGCAUCGUACGGGUACUAUCGGAUAGCGCCCGGGCUUAGACCAACAUUGAGGUUCCCGAUUGGCAAUAUUUCGCAUUUUUAGCAACCGAUGCAUCUUGAUUAACAUUAACUGCGUAUUUAAUAAUUCAUUGAACAUUAUACCUAUCUUAAUAUAUAUGCAAAAUAAAAUUAACGAAAAAAGCACAA